AAGAAGUCUGUCUUGUCAUACAGAAUUCUCCAAAUACUUACCCAGCCAUAGGAAAAGUCUUUUGUCCACCGCUUCUACUAAAGAUGAGAGCCAACAAUGAAAUUAGACCUGCAUCUCCAAAUCAUCCGACAACGCUGACUAACAACAGCAGCGCUUCUUUUCUUAGACCUCUCACGCCAACCGUCUUGGACCCGUAAAGCUCCCCUGUACGGAACACACAUGUAUCACUACGUAGUGUACAGCACAUCGUGCAAUUAUGCAACGAUGCAACGAAACACAACACCCCUUAUGACAACGUUCAACAAGCAACAUCAUGGCGAUGGCCGCCCAGCGUUGCAUCCAUCAGCAACCCAGUGGAUAGUCUCACCGGAAGCCUCAAGCGCAACCAAUUCAAGCGCCACUCUGCAGCGAGCAAAACCCGUCAUGCCCCCCUCCCCCGGUCCGAUCGGAGGCAUUGGUGCGUCUCAACCUCCGCCGCUCGGUCCUCGACGCACACCGCACACCGUGACCCCCCGUGGGGGAAUCCCGGUUCAAAGUCAACUGCUUCUGCGAGUCUGCGACACUUUGUUGCCCUCCGCAUGACAUCAAAUACGCCCCGAAUCCCUCCCCUCCUUUCCCUCCUCUCCCCCCCCCCCCCCCCCCCCGUUCCCCGUCCCCCGUCCCCCGUCCCGCAUCCAGUCUCUCACAGCCUUACACAAACAACUUGUCGUAAUCAAGGAGGACCUUUGACGACCGGUUGUUUGAUGUUUCCAUCUCCACAUAUUAUUGUCGGAUCAUUCGGGGGUCACUGCUAUAUCAAUCCGUCACUGUCGCCCCCGUCUUGCACCCGUCAUCUCUCAUCCGAACAUCAAAAGUGAACCUGAGAACUUGAGAGCCUGAACAUCUGAGAAUCUGAAAUCCUCACCGUCCCAUCCAUAGCCCGGCAUGUCCAACGAACUGGCCAGCCAGGCCGGCUGGGAGUCUAACCCGCUAUCCUUCCUCUACCGCCAGGCCGUCAUCACCCCAGCCGAGAUCCCUGACGAGUUCGACCUCUCCGAAUGCACCCUCAUCAUGACCGGCGCCAGCAGCGGCCUCGGUCUCGAGGCCAGCCGCCAGUUCCUUGAGCGCUCCCUCGGCCACCUCAUCAUGGGCGUCCGAAACACCGCCAAAGGGGAGGCCCUCGCUGAGGGCCUGCGCCGCGAGUUCCCCAUGGCCCGCAUCCAGGUCUGGCACCUCGAGAUGGAGUCCUACGAGAGCGUCCGCGCCUUCGCCGCCCGCUGCCGCAAGGACCUCGCCCGCAUCGACAUCGUCAUCCUCAACGCCGCCAUCAUCGCCCAGUCCUUCAUCCGCGCCCGCGAGGGCCGCGAGCUGAUGCUGCAGGUCAACUAUCUCUCCACCGCCCUGCUCGCCCUGCUGCUGCUGCCCGCCAUGAAGGAGAAGCGGCCGCCGGGCGAGCCGGCCCGUCUCGUCCUCGUCAGCUCCGACUUCACCUACUGGCACGAGCCCGAGGAGGACAUGGUCACGGGCUCGCUGUUCAAGCCCGCCGACAGCGAGAAGCUGUGGGAGUCGGGGAAGAACUACCAGCAGUCCAAGUUUCUCGGCCAGCUCUUCGUCGCCAAGCUCGCGACCUUUAUCAACCCCAACGAGAUCAUCGUCAACCUGUCCAACUCGGGCCUGACGGGCGGCACCAACAUCGUCAAACCCGCGAGCCAGAGCUUCUUCAUGGGCCUGGUGAAGAAGACGCUCGGCCGUAGCAUCGAGGUCGGCGCGAGGAGCUACCUCGACGCCGCCAUCGUCAAGGGCAAGGAGAGUCACGGGAGCUUCACCUCGGACGGUGUCAUCAAGCCGUGGCCGGCGGUCAUGUACACCACCGAGGGGACCGGGCUCAAGGACAGGUUAUGGGCCGAAACCAAGAAGGAGCCCGGCUUUGCUGAGGCGUUUGCUGAAAUCGAGAAGGGUCUGUAGAAUUGGCCGAUUGAAGAGCUGUAGAGGGCGAGGUUCCACGAGAUGAGGACAAUGACGUCAAGGUAGACAGACGGCUGGAGAACUGAGAUGAGACUAUGAUUAUGCGUGCCGGUGUUUGGCGGGGUUUUUGAUGGCAUUAUACCAGUUUUCAAAAUGGGAGAGAACACAAAGAGUCAUUUAUCUAGUUUACGUGUAAAAUACAGGUGCUUAAUC